GGGGUUAGUCUCGCUUUAGCAACCGUCGCAGUGAGUCCGUUGUUGACAUAUUCCUCUGUCAAGCGAACGAAAAGCAGUCUGAAGAGUGCAAAGUGCGACGUAGGUUUUUCGCGUGGAGGGCGCUGGUGGAAAAAGUUGUGUUUUAUUCCACAUAUAUUUCGAAAGUUUCGAUAUCGGAAAAGAGUGCCACUUUCUCAAACACAAAAGAAAAUCAAAUGCAGUAAAAAGAAAGCAACGGAUUCUCCAGAAGAAAAGUUUAUGCAAAAAUUGUGCGCAGUUUCGUCAUCUAGUGAUCAUUACAACUGGGCGAACAAACAACCGUGAUGGCCACUAGCCUGACGUCGGAAGGGGGUGCCCCGGAAAAUUUCCACAUCUCGUUCGGCAACGAUGACGACGACUCGAAUCUGAGCGCUGGCUCGAUGCGGUGUCCACUGUGCAGCUACUCGAAGCGAAAUUUUCACUGCCGAAAUUGCAUCCGGAGCGGGGAUUUUCUGCACUCGUCCCACCACCUGCUGGAGAGAUUCUCGGAGAAGCAGCUACGCUACAAGAACCUCAAAUCCGCCCAUGCCAUCCUGGAGAACAAAUGUGUCCAUCUGAUGGCCCGCCGCAGGCUCAGCUGCCAGCUGCGAACGGAGAUCAAGCGUAAGUCGGAAAACAUUGCCAUCAUUCGCCAGCUAAUGGCCCAGAAGCGGGGUAACUUGCAGCGACUGCAGUCGUUGAAAAAAGAACUUCAAGAAUCCAACCGCGAGCAGCGAAUAAAAUUGCCCCUGUACGACGAUAAAGUACGGAAGCUGGGCGAUUACGUUCUGUCCAAGCUGGAAGAAAAUGAAAGACGACGAGAGUGUCUGGUGGAGUUGCAAAAUAAACUCCGGAUUCUAAAACGUGAUAACAUCGAGAAGCUGAUCAAAUACAUUUUCCCAAUUUCGCAAGCUGUUAGUAAUAGAAGCAGUUUCUCGAGCAGCGACGGAGAAAGUAAAAAUACCAUCAAUGAAAUCUCCGAGGCAACCCGAACGGCUUACGUGCGAGGCAAGUGGGUUUUGCAGGACAGUUUUGGCGAAAUACAGCACAUAAUCGUUGCACCGGCUCUGCCAGGCAACGGGAACUACUUGGCCUACAAUGUCUGGAAAACGACGAACGAUGCAAGUUCCAGUGGGGGGAAAAAUGAAGACCCUAACAAGACCAUGGCUAACCGAAAUCCAGCGCACACUAUUGCCGCGGCUUUGACCUAUACGACCCAACUCGUACAGAUUAUGUGCUAUUACUUGGACAUUCGUUUUCCGUAUAAAGUCUCGUACGGUGACUUCUGCACAACGGCCCUUUCGGAUGGCAACUUCAGUAGGAAGGUUGCCCGACUAAACGCAAACAUUCUGUAUCUGUGCUACGCACAUGGCUGCCGCCUAACGGAGUUAAAUCCGACUCACACAUUGGAAAACCUGCAGCGGCUGUUGAAUCCGACUCACGCCGAACUGGGUCGACUCGGACCGACCGAUAGAAACUUCUGCCUCAACGAGCAAGUUGAUGCUGCGCUGACGCAGAAUCUGGGCGCAGGAGAAGAUUCGGAUUCCGAUGAAUCGACCCUCCACCAGGAUUGGGAAGCCGUUCCAAAUAAUCUGCCGCCUUCCGUAGAGGCAGACGUACUGCAUCUGGCAGGCACACCAGCCGUACAGCAUCCCUACAGCAAUACUCAUCGGUUCCACCACCAGCAACAGACUCGCUACCAUCAUCCGACGCAGGUGGCAGCAACGACGAGCCUAAUGACCAGCGCGGUUGCUUCCGUGACGUCGUUCUGGAAGGGUUGGACCGGCAAGUGAGUGAGAGGUGAGUGAGCACCAGCUUAUAUUGCUUAGAAAUAGAGAAAAAGCGAACGCGUAUUAAAAUGGAUAUGUGAUAAGAUGAACUAAUCGACGGACCUUCGGUUGGUCGCUUUAAUCUACCGCGCCUUUUGUUAGUAGGUGGAGUUGAGCAAAUAUAAAGGCUUCUAGCGAAUUAUAUUUUUUUACGUUUGAACCGAACAAAUAAAAUUAAUUAGUCGGCAUUUUCUACUCAUAGACAAGUAAA